AUGAGUGUCAUCUUACUGGUAACACUGAUUCGUUAUUUAUAUGUUCUUAAUGGAGAAAAGGUUUUGAGCAGAAAAUGUCGACAGGAUGACACUGUAACUAUUGUGUGUAACCACAUACCUGAGGAUAUUCCAACAGGAAUUUUAAAAUUUCGGCUAGAUAAAGAAACACCAGACACUCUGGUACUAAAUACUUCAACUUUUAUGGAUGAAAAUUGGAGAAAAUUACAAUAUUUGGAAUUUACUGAAGAUGAACAUACACAUUUAGUAUUUAAAGAUGGUUGUUUUAACCGACUGAAGUCACUACAGGAGCUCCAUAUACGUGUUUGGUACCCACAAAUAUUUCAAAACUCUUUUUCUGGAUUGGACCACGUGAAAACACUAGAGGUCAAUGGCUGUGGGAACCUCAAAAUAGAAGACUUUAAAUUAGCAAUAAAAGGAUCGAAUAUACUUCCAGGAUUGAAAAAAAUUGUUCUAUCUAACUGGAACUUUUACACAGGUACAUACGCUUUUGAUGACAACUUAGUAGAAGCCCUACUUCCAAGAAACAUAACCAACAUUGACAUCAGCAAGUCCCAAGUAUCCGAUUUAGACGUUACAUCAUUGGAGAGAUUUAAAUACUUAGAAGUUCUCAAUGCAUCCUAUACAACAAUUGGCAAUUUUGAUGAUGCUACUCUGUCAGCAGAUGUUGCAAAACAUAUACAAGUAUUUGAUCUAUCUCACGCUGUACUGCCAAAAGAAGUAAUACCUUUCCUACCUGGCAAACUAGUGAUACACAACAUCACUUUAGUCUUUUCUAGAGUUCGUUUUUGGGAUUUACAAAAAAUGUUUGCCCCAAAAACUGUCAACAUCAGUGGCAUUGUACCACAUUUAACUUCUUUCUGGUUAUAUAACAUUACAAUACAAAUAGACAUAGAUCCCAAAUGGUAUACAAAGACUAUUAAAAUACAACAAAAUAACUUCAAACGAGUUGAUGUUCGACUGCUUUGUGAUAAGUUCUAUUUUUCUUCAGUUCAGAACCUUGAUAUUACUGACAAUGGAAUGGAAUUUUUGCAUCCAACAUUCCUGUCCUGUUUGCCAAACCUCAGGCGCUUAGACUUAUCUAAAAACCAGCUGUACAAAAUGGUUGAUGAGGACAGUUUUUUGUUUCAGAAUCUGUUUUCAGGACUAAGAUAUUUAAAACUAAUUCGACUGUCAGCUAAUGGUUUACAAAAAAUUCCUUCCAAACUCUUUAAAAAUCGACAAUCUAUUGAAGUAGCUGACCUUUCGUUUAACAGACUGGAGCAGGUGACCUUCAACUUAAGCGACCUUCAAAAUCUGAAAGUUCUCGACUUAAAGGGUAACAACAUUCAUAUUCUGGAUUCCCAGUCUAUAAACUUUUUAAACUCUAUUCCACAAGGAAGCAAAAUAAAUUCUUCUAAAGCCAAAGUGAUUUUGAGGCUAAAUCCAAUUUUAUGCUCAGUUUGUGAAGCUAAACCUUUCAUCCAGUGGCUUUUAUCUACAAGUCUCAUCAACAUGGAUUCUCCAAGGCUGAAAUGCUUGGAUGAAAAUGGAAAAAACAAAGACAUAAAUGUCAACACUGCAGAAAUGGUACAGAAAAUCUGUGAGCGGAAAACAGUUAUAAUUUCCUUCAGUAUUUCAGCAGCAGUGACAUGUCUUAUUAUAUUUUCCUGUGCAAUAAUCAUAUACAAAAGAUACAAGCAAAAGAAAAAGAGUCGAAACAGAACAAAUGUCAUAAACAAUUUAAGAGAUGGUGAGGGGAAAUACAAGUUUGCUGUAUUUCUAUCAUUCAGCAACGAAGACGAAGAAUUUGUUCACUCACAUAUACUGGAGCAACUCAAUGAAAACUUACAACUGAUGACUGGCAUAGACAGAACUCUGGUCUGUACCGGAGACCAGCAUUUUCGGCCCGGUUUUAACACCCAUGAGGAAACCUUCAGAUUGCUUGAUGCCGCAUCAGUCUUAAUCGUAGUAGUUUCAAACAACUUCCUAGCUAGUAACUUUUGUCUUUCUGAACUAGAUAAAGCUUAUGAGAAGAGAAUGCCAAUUGUACUGAUGCUUAAAGAACAAGUCGACCCUGACAACAUGAAGUCAACACUGAAAACACUAUAUCAAAAUAAUACCAGAAUUCUUUGGAACUUUGAAAAUGGAGAAUAUGUUCUGAAAACAUCAUGGGAGAAUGUUUGUAAAUCUGUUCUAGACCUUAUUGGCUGUCAAAAAUAA